GCAAGUCGCUCUCCUUCGGAACAGCUCGGAGGGAUAGGACGCACGUGGAUAAUCACGAAGACGCUGGGUGCCGUUGUACACAAAUUGUUAUUACCCUUUUUACCAUCAUCAUUGUCGACAAUUUCCUGUAAAGAUGAUCGUCGACAGUGGCUUAAAGACUGGGCAAGUUAUUUUGGCUACUGGAGGUUAUGAUCAUACGAUUAAAAUAUGGCAGGCGCAUACCUCUACGUGUAUACGCACCGCACAGCAUGCAGAUUCUCAAGUAAAUGCUCUCGAAAUUACACCCGACAAGUUCAUAAUAGCUGCAGCAGGCUACCAACACAUUCGUAUGUACGAUUUAGGAUCUAGCAAUCCUAAUCCUGUUAUCAACUAUGAAGGCGUUUCUAAGAAUAUUACAGGACUCGGAUUUCAGGAGGAUGGAAAAUGGAUGUUUACUGGUGGUGAAGACUGCUCUGCUAGAAUAUGGGAUCUGAGAUCCAGUAGUCUUCAAUGUCAAAGGAUAUUUCAAGUGUCUGCUCCGGUAAACUGUGUUUGUUUACAUCCGAAUCAGGCUGAAUUAAUCGUGGGUGAUCAGAGCGGAGUUAUACAUCUGUGGGACCUUCGUUCAGAUCACAACGAACAGUUGAUCCCAGAAGCGGAAGCCUCUGUUCAAGACAUAGCCAUAGACUCAGAUGGCACGUACAUGGCUGCUGUCAAUAACAAAGGCCAUUGUUACAUCUGGGUUCUCGCGGGAGGAGUAGCCGAAGAACCAACACGUCUGAGUCCUCACCAUAAGCUCGUAGCACAUAAACGCUAUGCUCUUUGUUGUCGGUUUAGCCCUGAUUCCAGCUUAUUGGUGACUACAUCGGCCGAUCAAACAGCUAGAGUGUGGAAGACAUCGGACUUCUCAGAAUUGCAAUCGUUACAGCACGAUGCGAAACGUUGGGUUUGGGACGCAGCUUUUAGUGCCGAUUCGGAAUACGUGUUUACAGCUUGCUCGGAUGGAAUUGCAAGGCUUUGGAAUGUGUCAUCUGGGACGGUGGAAAGGGAAUACCAAGGGCAUCAGAAAGCAGUAACAGCUCUGGCCUUUCGGGAUGAAGUACUUCAUUAUAACUAGAAGCUUUAAGUAAGUUUAAACAUUAGUUCGUAUUACUAGGUAAGGUGAAGACAGCGAAGAGAACCGAACGGUCUAAAGUGUAGAUAGUCCUCCUCGUGUAAUCAGGCCCUCUUCGUUGUCUUUCGUUCGUGUUUGUGCAAGCAUAUUUAUUUGAUCAAUGCUCUUCGAUCAACCCUGAGUACUACUUAAGAUUCAGUAAAAAGUGCACGCGAAUCGAUAAAAUUGGUGUAUAAUUUUGUGAAGUGCAAAACACCUAACUGUGCUUCGCUAAGAAUGGAAAGGAACGAUCACGCGAAAUCUUUACGUCAUACAUGCAGGACGUUGUUAAUAUACUUAAAUAAGGUCAAAACAACAUGUAAUGUGUAUAUGUAAUUGUGAUAUUCUUCGAGAAUUGUCUAAGGCACCGUAGUCAUUCUGAUACGUGCGGUUUCUCGCGACCGGCUGUGAACUUCUGCAGUUCGUAAGGUUAUUCCAAAUAUGUCUUCGUGAUAUCUGUUUUCGUCCUGAAAAGAUUUUUAUGUUAAAGCUAAUUCGACAAAGCCUAAGUCUCGUCGACGACGUAUGAUAUGUAUUCAGCUAUCACAGUAUAUUUUAAGAAAAAUAUUAAGUCGUUUACCCUCAA